AUGAACGUUUCGUUUUCGGCGAGCUCUCUGUCGGUGUCGGAUAGUCGCAACCGGCUUGUCUCAUUCCGCGAGUCGGAAAAUGACGUGAAACGGAGCUCUGAAGAAUGGAAGACUUCUACCAAGCGCGAGGCUUUGGGAAGUAUGGAAGGAGAAUUGGCUCAGUUGCUCUCAACCGCUUCGCCAAAGAAUCUUGAGCACUAUCGUACGGAAUUGUCUGGAUUCCGCAACUUGUUUGCUCGCUUCCUUCGUGCCAAGCCGCACGUCGAAUGGAACAAGAUUGAGCCACUCCCGGAGGGUUCGAUUCGUCCGUAUAAGAGCUUGGAAUCGGUCACCGACAGAGAAAUCAUCGCUCAACAACUUAACAAAUUGGUAGUUGUGAAGCUCAAUGGAGGUCUUGGAACAUCGAUGGGAUGCAAAGGGCCAAAGUCGGUUAUUUCUGUGAGAAACGACUUGACUUUCUUGGAUUUAACCAUGCAACAGAUUCAGACUCUCAACCGUACUUAUGGUGUCGAUGUUCCAUUGGUCUUGAUGAAUUCGUUCAACACCAAUGAGGAUACCGAAAAGGUGCUCAAAAAGUACGCGAAUGUCAAGGUGUCGGUUCACACCUUCUCGCAAUCGCAAUAUCCGCGCAUCAACCGCGAGACUCUACUUCCAAUCGCCAAAAGUCUUGAAGGAGAGGACAAUGAAUGCUGGUACCCGCCAGGUCACGGAAACUUCUACGAGGCUUUCCACAAUUCGGGAUUGCUUGACAAAUUCUUGGCCGACGGAAAGGAAUAUUGCUUCUUGUCGAAUAUUGACAACAUGGGAGCUACUGUCGACUUGUCGAUUUUGAACUUUUUGCUCAAUCCGCCGGCGGAUCAAGUGCCACCAGAGUUCUUGAUGGAGGUUACCAACAAGACACGUGCUGAUGUUAAGGGAGGAACCCUUAUUCAGUAUGAAGGACGUCUUAUGCUUCUGGAAAUUGCACAAGUGCCGAAGGAUUACGUCGACGAGUUCAAGUCUGUCAGCAAGUUCAGAAUCUUCAACACCAACAACUUGUGGGCGAAACUUGAGACGAUGAAGAAGGUUGUGGUUGAGAACAAACUUGAAAUGGAGGUUAUCGUUAACCCGAAACAUCUCGACCGCGGUCUUGAUGUUAUUCAACUCGAGACGGCAGCCGGAGCAGCCAUCAAGAGCUUCAAGGGCGCCGUCGGUAUCAAUGUGCCUCGAUCGCGCUUUUUGCCAGUCAAGAAGACAUCGGACUUGCUGUUGCUCAUGUCGAACUUGUAUGACAUUGAUAACGGAAGCUUGACUCUUUCGCAUCAACGAUCGUUCCCGACGACACCUCUUGUGAAGUUAGGAAGCAGCUUCGAUAAGGUUAAAGACUUCUUGUCCCGUUUCAACGGAAUUCCAGAUCUGCUUGAACUUGAUCACUUGACUGUUAGUGGUGACGUUUGGUUCGGAAAGGAUGUUUCAUUAAAAGGAACUGUCAUCAUAAUCGCGAAUCACGGAGAUCGUAUCGACAUUCCGCCAGGCUCAAUUUUGGAGAACAAGAUUGUUUCCGGAAACUUGCGAAUUUUGGAGCAUUAA